AGGUCACGUGACAGGAAGAGAAAUUGUUCAAAACAAGGAAUAAGUCGCGAUGGGGCGACUGGAUAGUACUUUUGUUUUUAUGCUGUCAGUAUGUUCUAUAGUUAAUUGUUUUCAAAGAGAUCCGACACCAUACAGAGAUUCUGACUGCCCCGAGGGCACCCCUGUAGGACUAGGUGUAAACAAUGGUCGUAGAGUUCCAGACAGUGCCUUUACUGCCUCAUCUUCUCAUACUAACAGAGAUCCAGCCAAGGGACGACUAGAUGAACAAGCUGGUGCUUGGACAGCAAAGGUGCAGGAUGCCAGUCAGUGGCUUGCAGUGGAUUUAGGACGUGAAUAUGUAAUCACAAAACUUCAGACACAAGGUCGACAAGGGUCUGGGGAAUAUGUCAGUGAAUAUAUGUUUGCUUUCUCCAAUGACGCAAUUACGUGGCGAUAUUAUACCAAUGAAUUUGGAAUUAGAGAGAUGUUUGUUGGAAAUAUUAAUUCUCAAGACACGGUUACACGAGUUCUUAAAUACCCUGUAAUGGGUAGAUAUGUCAGAUUCCAUCCUCAGCGCUGGGUAGAAAUUAUUUCUCUUCGGCUCGAAAUCUAUGGCUGUCCGUACACCCCGGAAGUGGCCCGGUUCAGUGGGGAGGGUUAUAUCCAUUAUGAUCUGUCAACAUUAAACCCCCCUCCCAGUACCACAUCCGAUCAGAUAAAACUGCGCUUUAAAACCAGCAACCAAAAUGGAGUCCUUCUGUAUGCUGAUGGUAACCAAGGAGAUUUCAUUGCUUUGCAGCUUCACAGAGGAAAUUUGCUUUUCAGUAUUGAUCUAGGAUCCACCCAACUGCAGCGUGGAUUGACUCAGCAAACGGGGGGCAGUUUAUUAGACGACAGUCAGUGGCAUGACGUCAUCAUCAGACGUAAUCACACGAAGAUCACCUUAGUCGUAGAUAGGCUGGAGACACAUUUCGAGACCAAUGGCCUCUUCUAUAGACUUAACUUGGAUAAAAAGAUAUAUUUGGGAGGAUUGCUGACUUUUAACAUGAAUGGUAUUACUGUAAAAUACAACUUUGAUGGUUGUUUGGAUAAUGUUGUGUUUAAUGGAAUCCGUAUGAUCAGGGACACAAAGAAUGGAUUUCAGGGGUUCUCUAUGGUUGGGGUGAUGCCUGACCCCUGGAACUGCAAGAUGAUAGCCCCAAUGCCAGCAACUUUCUUUUCUCUGGAUUCCUAUAUCCUUACCACAAGUGAUGCAGGGGGCAAUGCCUUCAGAGUCCGUUUUGACUUCCGAACCCAUGAUGAAGAUGGAAUUCUCUUGUAUCACGAAUUCCAAACAGGGGGCAUUUUCAGGGCUUCUUUGGAUAAAGAUGGAUACGUAAACUAUGAGCUUCAAGAUGCAAAUGGGCAAAAAAUAGAGGACAAAGUUAGAAACACGGCCCUGGAGUACACCAGUAGUUUUUCAGAUGGUUUAUGGCAUUCUUUCUCAGUGGUGGCUAACCAGGAAAUGUUAAAUGUCACUGUUGACCAGAACUCUAAGGUAUCCAGUAGGAAACUGACUCUGGCGUCUGGUUCUGAUUACUACAUAGGUGGCUAUACUAUUGGAAUAAGCUUCCGUGGGUGCAUAAGAAACAUUGUCCGAGACUACAAACCCCUGGAUUUAAAGGGAACUGACUUCACUAGUAAAGACAUUCAAGUGGGAACAUGCGGGUUAAUUGACAGGUGUACACCAAAUCCAUGUGAAAAUGGGGGAGUGUGUGAUCAGGAUUGGAAUACUUUUACCUGUGACUGUGGAACUUCUGGCUAUGAGGGCGCAGUGUGUCAUCGAUCCUCUUACUAUCUGUCCUGUGAUAUGCACAAAAUGUAUACAUCUGACGAGAACGAGGAAAAAACCUACCUAGACCCAGAUGGAUCAGGGCCUUUGAAACCUUUUCAGGUGCUCUGUUCAGGAAAAGUUGAGCUUGGAAAAGAAGUGGUGACGAAAAUUGGCCACAAUAGUGAGGAUCUAAUCACAGUUAAUGGUUACCAGGCACCAAACUUUUAUGUUCGACAAAUUGAGUAUGACGCUGACCUUCCAGAAUUAACGGCUUUGAUUGAGCGAGCUGCCACAUGUACUCAGGGUCUCUCCUACAAGUGUCGCAAUUCUCGACUUCUCAUAAGUCCAGGAAGUGAAGCACCAGAGUAUCCACACUGGGGUUGGUGGGUUGGCAGGACUUACCAACCCAUGUACUACUGGGGAGGAGCAGCCCCAGGGUCAGGAAAAUGUGAGUGUGGUCUGACAGAGGUUGGCUGUGCGGGAGGGCAGAAAUUGUGUAACUGUGAUUCACAACUCAAUGAGACUGAUGAAGGACAGAUCCAACACAAGGACUACCUGCCGAUUCUUGAGCUUCACUUUGGAGAUACGGGAACAGCUGUGGAUAAUAAGAUUGGAUAUCAUAAAGUGGACAAAUUGGAAUGUCGAGGCGACAACUUGCUGGACAAUGUCAUUACAUUUAGAAAGGCCGAUGCCUCUAUACAUCUGUCAACUUUUGAGGCUGAACCCUCUGGUGAUAUCUGGUUACAGUUUAAAACUACAGCUUUUGAUGGAAUAAUGGUGCAUCAGUCUGGAAAGCCAGAUUUUAUCAAAAUAGCUAUUGCAAAUGGCAACACUAUCCAGUUUAGCUACGAUGUUGGAAAUGGUGCCCAGGUCAUUGAGUACCGAUCCACAAAUGCUCUAAAUGAUGACCAGUGGCACACAGUCCACGUAGAGAAGAACAGAAAGGAAGCUUGGCUGCGUGUGGAUAACUUUCCAGCGCAGACAUCACAGGAGGGAAUAGGAGAGAAGACCAGGACUCUAGAUCUAACUGGCUACCUCUUCAUUGGUGCCAGUGUUGAGGACAGAAAUGGUUAUGUGGGGUGCAUGAGGGGCCUGAGGAUCAAUGGUGUCCUCCAGGACCUGAGGGGACUUGUACAUAGAGAGGAGGUCACCUAUGGGGUGUCUGAGGGCUGUGUUGGAAAAUGUGCCAACCAGAUGUGCUUCAAUGGGGGCACCUGCAUUGAGGGCUACUCUGGAUACACAUGUGACUGUGCUUACACACCAUUUAGAGGCUGGAACUGUGGUCGAGAGGUGGGUGUGAAUUUGCUGAAGGAGUACAUGAUUCAGUAUGAGUUUAGCAAUCAGCAGGGUCUCUCUGCCACAGACUUCAUGCAUGUAAGAGUGGGAUUCACCACUAAAAAGAAACAGGGUAUCUUGCUGCAGCUUCAGGAUGCCACAAAUACAGAGUACAUCUCCCUGGAGGUGAACAAUGCUGGUGGUAUAAAGUUUGCCCUGGAUGUGGGAUCAGAAAGAUUUGAGGUGAAUACCCCUAACCAUGGUAUCGACUACACCAAUGGACAACAACACGAAGUCAGAAUGUGGAGAACUGGCGAAAAUGGAAAUCUAGUCCACUUACAGGUUGACAACUAUCCUGAGGAAGCACUAUCUUAUGGCACCAAAUUUAGUGACAAUAUCCUAGAUGACCCCAAGUACCUGUAUGUUGGGAACAACAGUACAGAGUCAACCACCCGUGGGUUUGAAGGCUGUAUAUUUAGAAUGGAAAUUGACAAUGUCUACCCACUCAAAAGAGCAUUCCAGGACCCUAAGCCUGACUUUGUUAGACUUUAUCCUGAAGGUAAGCUUCGUGAGGAUAUGUGUGGUUAUGAGGAGACUACAGUACUUCCUGACCCAAUUGAGUCCCGUCCAAUAAACCAGGGGGAUCUAGUGGACAUCACCUACCCCACUCCUCCUGACCCUGUGAUAGAAAAGAAAAUCAUUGGAGGUGUGGUUGGAGCUAUUUGCUUCAUUAUUUUAAUAGUCAUUGUUGGAUUGUUAUUCUAUUGCCGAGACAAGGGUGAUUACGAGACCAAAGAGGCAAAGGGAGCAGAUAUUGCGGAGAAUGCUGAUGUUGCCGUAGUGUUUAAUCAAACUGGAGUACCAGACAUUACCAAACGCCAAGAAUUUUUCAUGUGAUGUUCGUAUAUCCAAAUAAUGGCAAAAUACAGCCUGUUUUAAGUGUUAGUAAUCUCUGCUGAAAAUCUCUACAACUUUCCCCUAGAUUUAUUCUUGGUGAAAAAGAAAAGUAUGGAUGGGGAAAAAUACUGUUGUAAAGGAAGAAUUUAAAAAAAAAUGUGUUUGCUUUCCAAGAUAAUGUUUCCCCCAUACGCAGAAGAGUUUAGAUGAAGUUUCUAUAAAAUGUGAUAUUAUACAGUUUAAUGUAAAUAUAUAUUAGAUGUAUAUUUUGUAAGUUAGGCUAUUUAACUUGAACAAUUUGCAUACAUUCCAUGUAUAUUUAAACCAAUUUUUCAUGUAUAUAUGUGUUUGAGAAUUGUAUGAAUUCCUUGAUUGAAGAAGAGAAUGAGACUGUGUGAAUGGGAUCCAUGAUUUUAUACUCAAAGAGCUUUGAGGACAUAUUUUUGUGGUUGUGCAUCAUAAUCUGCAAAAUACAUCUACCAAGUACAUGUAUAUCAGGUCUCUCCAUAUAAUAAACAUAUCUAUUUCAUGAAAUCAUUAUAUACUGAAACCUAAUUAUCAAUAUGGUUGUGAUUUGAAUACAUAUCAAUGAAGAUAACAUCUUCUAGUCUAUAUUGAGGAUUUUUAGGUUUUAAUACAUUUUUAUGAUCCUUUUGUAAAUUUUACAUUGAUUUACAGGUAUCAUAUGUAUAUACAAGUGCCAUUAUUCCAUUAUUUCUAUCAUACCAUAACAUUCCUCAUUUUAUACAUGACUU